CUACACGCAAUGAGCGGGCAGAGGAGGCGGGACGUCCUGUGCGCCCUCACAUACGCUCGCUGCUGCCGCUGAUAUAAUCAGGAGCGCGGCCGGCGGAGACGACCUUGAGUGUGGGAAGUGGCGGUUCGGAGGAAGCAAUUAUAGAGCAAAAUGGGUGAUGUAGAGAAAGGCAAGAAAGUCUUUAUCCAGAAGUGUGCACAGUGUCACACAGUUGAGUGUGGAGGCAAGCAUAAGACUGGGCCAAACCUGUGUGGUUUAUUUGGACGGAAGACUGGACAAGCUGAAGGAUUUUCUUACACUGACGCAAAUAAAAACAAAGGUAUUACUUGGAAUGAGGAGACACUGAUGGUCUACUUGGAAAAUCCGAAGAAAUAUAUUCCAGGAACAAAAAUGAUCUUCGCAGGUCUCAAGAAGAAGAGUGAGCGUGAAGACUUGAUAGCUUAUCUGAAAUCUGCGACAGCCAAAUAACUAUAGAACCUGAUGCCUUAUUUAUUGAUCAGUUUAGAUUUGACUCCUGAUUGAGCAACCUCAGUGGUAUCAUUAAUGUUGCAGUUGAAUUUUUAACGACCUAUAGGUUUUAACCAUGUGUCCAAUUUUUGGCAUUCUCUACCAUCCUGUAACACUGCACUAUUCAAUUUUAAACUUUGAAAUCAUUGAUCCAUUCAACUAGUGAGAAUAAAAGAGACUGUCAAACCACUUUUCAUUGCAUUGUCACUAUACUGUAAUUGCCAUAGGAAAGAUUGUAAAUAUGCUAACUUUAUUGGGUUUUCACAGAUUUCCUCUUCCUACUGAAUUCAACUAAAGCUAUUUGAGUCAAAGCCAGUUAGUGCUAUAAAUUCACUGGUUCUGCUGAAUUAACCACUCAAAGUAUUGUCUGUCUUGGGAGCAAGUGUAAUAUAAAUUAUGGGUAAUUUUGACCUCCAAAGCAGUAGAAGGAAGAUGGUUGAACAUUUCAGUCAACCAAAGCAGGUUUAGAAAUAUAUCAUGUCAGGAUUGAUAUUUUAAUGGUUCCCAGAAUAUUAUUUGGUGCCCUAAAAGGUGCAUGUUGCAACACGAGAUUGAGGUGUUAAUUCUGAGCACUUGCUUGCCUGGCAACAACACAAAUGGUAAACUGCAGUUUAGUUACAAUUACUGGAAAAAUUGACAUUAAUUUAUGGCAAAUGUUAAGUUUCUGUUUCAGAGCUAAGUUAUUUGUGCAUUAUAUUCAAGACACCAAGUUAGUGUGUGUUCUUUGGCUUUUUUUUCCUUCUUUUUGCGGGUAUUUGAAUGAUGUGUUUUCUUAAAAUAAGUAUUGUCUGCUAACUGACCAGGGAGGGGCCAGUGAACCUAACAGAAUCCCAACACUUGUCUAUUUCUUGGUCACAGCCAAAUGUUAACUUAUCACUAAUCCAUUUUAGAUUUGUAAUUAAUGAAUAUUCAGAGUCAAAUUGUCUAAUUUCAUAGGAAACUUGUAACAAUUAUUUAGAUUAUCCUUAUUUGCAUAUAUAGAUACAAUAAGCAUAGAUGGUAGCAAAUUUAGAUUCUCUCAUCUGCAUUAUUACUGUUAGUAUAGUAAUUGACUCUUGGUGCCCUUCCUAAUUAGGCUUCAUCUCAAGUGACCCUUUGGUAUUGGUACUGUGGUAUGCUACCACCUCAGUCACUGAACCAAUUACUAGUCCACUUUAUUCCAUAACUCUUCAAAUUUUUGAUAGGAAUGAAGUGAUAUCGACUUCUCAUUCUGAAUAAUGUAACGGUUAUUCACUGCUUUUGACUUCUGUCACCCAAUAGUAUAAAUACCUCACUUAAAUUCACUUUUUUUAUAGGCCAGUCAGUCAGAACAGUUCAUCUAAUUUGCUAGUUGCAGUUUGUUUUAGACUAUUGGUGAUGUCACUUUAUUCAUGAAUCAAUGCAUAACAUGAAGAUGGCCAGCAUCUCGAGUCCAGAUAUCAGUUUUCUAAUUGCCCUUACUUAGAUAAUUGAAUAACUGAUUAAAAUCCCAAAGGGCAAUAAAGUGUGCACUUUCUCACUGAAUGUGAGAACUCAUUGCUUCUUUUGACAAUUAUAUCACAAUAGGGGCUGUUCUUGUUCUGUGCGGUGUCCUAAGACUGGCCUUUUGGUGUUGUAAUGGGUCUUUUUUAGUACCUUUUUGACUAUCUUCACUGAUUUGGAUUAUAGGAAGCAAAAUAGAAGUUCUACUUGCACAAUAUAGAGCAAGGUGGAAGAACAGGUAGCCAAUGAUAACUAUAGUAGUUGAAAUAGUUUAAUUUCUAAAUCCCUUAGAUUAGACUAUUUGAAUUUACCAAUCUGCAACACUAAAUUUCAUAAGUAUUUAAAUUUAAUUGAUUUCAAACAAGUUAAGCUGUACUCUAGUGAUUUGCUGAUAUGUUUGUUUCAAACAAAUGAAAAUUUCAGGAUGUAAGAAUUACUUGUAUAUACCAUUUCAGGUAAUUACAGCAGCUUGUUAAUGGAGCUGUGAUAACUCAUGAACUAGGUUGCUCAAAUGGCUGCCUUCAUACAUUAACUGUCAUGGAGCAAUUGAUUCAGCCAAAUUUUCUUCCCCUUCCGAACUUGCAUUCCCUGGUUGCUUAGAGCCAAACAUUUGUUUGUGUCAGCUAACAGUGGGGAUUUGUGGACUUGAGAGUUUGUAACAUUGCCUGACUGAGAGCUCAUGCUUUGGCUAUGGUUCAUGGGUCUCUAUUCAUGCUUGCAAUGUGGUUAUUCCAUGUUUCAUAACUGUAAAGCAGUGGAUUUAGCAGAUUAUUUGUCUCCACUUCAAUCUUGUUCAUGUGAUUGGACAUUAAAUAUUUGAUCCCAAACUUGCUAAUUGUCAUUUUCUAAUGGUAAUUGUAGUUAUAAAUGCUUAAAUCAGUCAAUUUCCACCUUGUCAAUGUCCUAUCAUAGAAUCAUACCUGUGACCAAUGCUGCAAAACAUCUAGUCUAUAGAAUUAAUGAUUCCUUGCAGGCUUUGUUUGGCCCAGAGCUUUAAAAAUCCAUUUUAUCAGAGGGUCAUCUUCAAAAUGUAAGCAGCAGCUAGAAAACUACUCAUUCAAUUUUGGUUCAUUUCACUCUUUAGACCUGUUGCAACUGUUAGGGACUGUUCUAGCCCCAGUGCAUAAGCCAGAAUUUGUUUUCCUCAACAUUCUAAGUGCAGUUUCAAGAUAUAACUGUGACCGCUGGAUCUUUUCAUAUCUGCCUCCACCUUUUUUUAAAAGAUGAACUGAGGAAAUGGCUAAUAAAAGAGUCUUUAUUGUAA